AUGUUAGCAACGUCGACAAGACCUGCCGUCGCAGGUCCUAGUGGCAAGCCGACAUAUCACACAGUGACUGCGCUCAAAAGAUGGUCAUGUGACGAUAAGGACUUGCCUGCUGUCAACGACGUCAGGGCUAUACACGUGUACGACUUCGACAACACUUUAUUUGCAAGUCCCCUCCCAAACAAGCAGUUGUGGAACAGCGCCACGAUAGGCCAGCUGGGAAGCCCGGACAUGUUCAUGAAUGGAGGCUGGUGGCACGAUGCCAACAUUCUAGGGGCCACUGGUGAAGGCGUUGAUGAAGAGGAGAAGCGUGGCUGGGCUGGCUGGUGGAAUGAACACAUUGUCACUCUGGUCGAGCAAUCGAUGCAACAAAAAGAUGCACUGAACGUCCUCCUUACCGGCCGCGGCGAGUCCAACUUCAGCGACCUCAUUAAGCGCAUUGUCAGAAGCAGAAAGCUCGACUUUGACAUGGUUUGCCUCAAGCCUGCAAUUGGCCCUGCAGGGCAAAAGUUCAGGAAUACGAUGGAGUUCAAGCAGGAGCUGCUCAAGGACAUCGUCUAUACAUACAAGGACGCAGAAGAGCUGCGAAUUUAUGAAGAUCGCGUGAAGCACACGAAAGGCUUCCGCGACUUUUUCUUCCAGUUCAACAAGGAUCUCAUGGCUGGCCAGCUGAAGGGCAACCGCAAGCCUAUCGUGGCAGAAGUCAUCCAGGUUGCCGAGAACGCAACCCAGCUGGACCCUGUAGCUGAGAUCGCCGAGAUCCAAAAGCUGAUGAACGCACACAAUACUCGAGUCAAGAACGGCACAGCACCGCCCGGCACGGUGCCAUAUCAGAUCAAGAAGACGGUCUUUUACACUGGCUACAUGAUCCCUGCGACGAUGACCGAGAAAUUGACUUCGCUCGUAAAGCUGCCCCAAGGCACACCAGACAUCGACGUCAGGUUCCUUGCCAACAGCAUCCUCAUCACACCGAAGCCAUGUCCGAAAAGUAUCCUCGAUAAGGUCGGCGGUAUUGGAGCCAAGGUUAGGUGGAAAGUUACGGGUAUCUCCUGUUUCGAGAACAAGCUGUGGGCUGCGCGAGUCCAGCCAGUGCCAAAGACAGCAAAGUUUUACUCUGAGAAUCCUACUCCAACUGUUGUGUUGGCCAUUCGCAAGAACGGACGACCAGCAGACGCAGCGCGCAUUGUGAACUGGCACCCAGUUUCAGACGAUCAGGCCUUCGAGUUUGAUAGCGUAGUGGGUGAGAAGCAGAUGCUGCGCAUUGAAGAAGAGACUGCGAACGAGAGCGAGUGGGAGAGCUACUUCCCUAACAAGUCCUACCGUAAGCGCUCUGCAGAGCCCAACAACCAACAUGGUGAUCACCGGUCACACAACGCACGCGGCAAAGACGACAACCGCCCAUCAGGAUACCGUGGCGGCAACCGAGAUCGUGGUCGUGGCGCCCACAGGAAUAACCAGUACGGCAACCGAGGCAACCGAGGCGGAUACCGCGGCGAUCGCGGCGGUCGGGGCCGUGGUCGUGGUGGUGGAGGCGGUCAGUCACAGUACAGAAGCCUGGACGAUGUUGGCAGCAACUACGGACAGUCCGGUCACGACAACAACCCGGACGCCUUCUACUGA